AUGGAACCCAUCCACUGGCUGUUUGAGCAGCAUCCAUUUCUGAUGUAUCAAGUCUUUUCAGUUCCCUUUGCAUUUCUAUUCUACGGUUUGUCCCGAGAGGGAUAUCUGUCCUUGGCAAACAGGCAUGUGUUUCUGGCGCUGGGUGGAUGUGCCCUGGCUGUCGUCAGCAUGGGAGUGUACAGCCUGCUCCUGUUUGCUUCCACCGGGGUAUUCCUGCUUCAGGUGUGCUCACUCAGCCCUGCACACGUCCAUCCAUGGGUGUUUGGAGUGCAGAUGUCCUGGCAAACCGUCUGGCACCUUUACAUGCAGUACCGAGAAUACUAUCUCAACGAGACCACUAAUAUCAGGUUUCUCUUAUCGGUGUCCUCUUUGAUGUUAAUAACUCAGAGAAUGAGCUCAGUGUCUAUGGACAUUCAGGAAGGCAGAGUCAGGAUGCCAUCUAGGCCAGCACCCCUGGGCAGAGCCUGGGCUCUCCUCUCCCUCCUCAGCUACAUGUUUAGCUUCACAACCCUGCUUGGUGGACCCUUACAAUCCUACCAUCAGUUUGUGUGUUGUGUGGAACAGAUUGACCGCAGCCCACCUCCACAUCCUCUGCGAGUGGUCUCCCUGAAGGGGGGCCAGGUCUUCUCACUGGAAUGCCUCAGAAGCUUUCUAACUCGUCUCCUCAGAGCCAGUGCUGGAGAGCUACCACGCUGCAGUGUUCUGGGUGGCGUUGUGUGGGCCUGGGGACUGGCAUUAGCACUGAGGACCAGGUACUAUUCACACUGGAAGGUCAGCGAGUGCCUUAAUAACGCAGCCGGAUUUGGCUUCAGGGGAACCGGCACUGAAAACUCCCUAACUUCGUGGAGCGGGCUGUCAGACGGAGACCUCUUGACCACAGAGAUGUCUUGUAGGGUGUCCGUGUUUGCACGGCGGUGGAAUGCCACCACCGCUGCCUGGCUACGUCGGCAAGUUUUCGACCGAUGCAGGACUUCCCCUAUAAUGAUGACUUUUGGCUUUUCAAUACUGUGGCAUGGUCUGCACCCAGGCCAGUUUGUUGGAUUUCUGAUCUGGGCUUCUGCAGUGAAAGCAGAUCACCUGAUACACCCGCACUUAAAGACUAGACUUACAUCCACUUGGAGAAAAUUGUGGUACGCCGGGCUGGGUUGGAUGCACACUCAGAUUGUGAUUACAUGUGUCGUUAUUGCUGUUGAGCUUCGAAGCUUUUCGUCUUUGAGAUUCCUCUAUGUGACAUACAUUGGUGUUUUCCCCUUUCUUUUCACAUUGCUCUGCAUCGGGGGAAAUGCCGUUGAAUCACUUUUAGGAUUUCAUGGGCAGCUACUUGAUUCACGACCACUUAGAUGUACGCCUAACAUGACGUAA